GUGGCAGAGCCCUUGGGUAGCUGCCGCCGAAGCUGUGGCUGUUCCUAGGAGACAGAGGAGAAGCCAGCCUGCGGGGGAGGGGGAGCGAGUGGGUUGCUGCUUUUAGCAGCUGAAAGGGCUGCAGGGAGCUCUGGGUAAGACAUUUUCUACCUCUGUCGCUUCUGCGGUAGAAGCUGCCGCGAGUAAGUCAGAGGAAGGAGGACCGGGAGGGAGGAGGUCUCCGUUGCAGCCAUGCUGAAUCACUGUUGCUGACCAGAAUCCCUCACCGGGCUGCUGGGAGAACCCCGAGAGCAGCGCUCGCUCCUGGGUGCAUGCACAGUUUGGCGGCUACUAACCCCGCCGGGCCUCCCACAAUGGAGGGCGAAAGCGUCAAGCUGAGCCCUCAGUCCACGGUGCAGGCCCAGGAUGAUGAGGAGAGCCGGAGGACGGUCACUGUCAACCCUGCCCACAUGGGAAAGGCCUUCAAGGUCAUGAAUGAGCUUCGAAGUAAGCAGCUGCUGUGUGACGUGAUGAUUGUGGCAGAAGACGUGGAGAUAGAAGCCCACCGUGUGGUCCUGGCGGCCUGCAGCCCUUACUUCUGUGCGAUGUUUACAGGCGACAUGUCUGAGAGUAAAGCCAAGAAGAUUGAAAUCAAGGAUGUGGAUGGGCAGACUCUCAGCAAGCUGAUUGAUUACAUCUACACGGCAGAAAUCGAGGUGACCGAAGAGAACGUGCAGGUGCUGCUCCCAGCAGCCAGCUUGCUGCAACUCAUGGACGUUCGGCAGAACUGCUGUGACUUUCUGCAGUCCCAGCUGCACCCCACUAACUGCCUGGGCAUCCGCGCAUUCGCAGACGUGCACACUUGCACCGACCUCCUGCAGCAGGCCAACGCCUACGCAGAGCAGCAUUUCCCGGAGGUGAUGCUGGGGGAAGAGUUUCUGAGCUUAAGUCUGGACCAGGUGUGCAGCUUGAUAUCCAGUGACAAGCUGACUGUCUCUUCAGAAGAGAAGGUGUUCGAAGCUGUGAUUUCAUGGAUCAAUUAUGAGAAGGAGACUCGCUUAGACCACAUGGCAAAGCUGAUGGAACAUGUCCGGCUCCCUCUCUUACCUAGGGAUUACCUAGUUCAGACAGUCGAGGAGGAGGCUCUGAUCAAGAAUAAUAAUACCUGUAAGGAUUUCCUCAUCGAAGCCAUGAAGUACCAUCUACUACCCCUUGACCAAAGGCUCUUGAUCAAGAACCCCAGGACCAAGCCCCGGACUCCGGUCAGCCUGCCCAAGGUCAUGAUUGUGGUUGGUGGCCAAGCACCUAAGGCAAUCCGCAGCGUGGAGUGCUAUGACUUUGAGGAGGGCCGCUGGGACCAGAUAGCUGAGCUUCCUUCCAGGAGAUGCAGAGCAGGCGUGGUGUUCAUGGCUGGCCACGUAUACGCCGUGGGUGGCUUUAACGGUUCUCUGCGGGUGCGGACGGUGGAUGUAUAUGACGGCGUGAAGGACCAGUGGACGUCCAUUGCCAGCAUGCAGGAGCGCCGGAGCACGCUGGGUGCGGCCGUGCUCAAUGACCUCCUCUAUGCAGUCGGAGGCUUUGACGGCAGCACCGGUCUGGCGUCAGUAGAAGCCUACAGCUACAAGACCAAUGAGUGGUUCUUCGUGGCACCAAUGAACACACGGCGGAGCAGCGUGGGAGUGGGUGUUGUGGAGGGGAAGCUGUAUGCUGUCGGGGGUUACGAUGGGGCUUCCAGGCAGUGCUUGAGCACCGUGGAGCAGUACAACCCAGCCACCAACGAGUGGAUAUAUGUGGCAGACAUGAGCACCCGACGCAGUGGCGCUGGUGUUGGGGUGCUGAGCGGACAGCUGUAUGCCACCGGGGGCCACGACGGACCCUUGGUGAGGAAGAGUGUCGAGGUUUACGAUCCCGGGACAAACACCUGGAAGCAGGUGGCAGACAUGAACAUGUGCCGGCGUAACGCAGGGGUCUGUGCAGUGAACGGGCUCCUGUAUGUGGUUGGAGGGGAUGAUGGGUCCUGCAACCUGGCUUCUGUGGAGUACUACAACCCGGUCACUGACAAGUGGACGCUGCUGCCAGCCAACAUGAGUACUGGAAGGAGCUACGCAGGUGUGGCUGUGAUUCACAGAUCCUUGUGACCCAGACUCCCACUGCCCGGAGGUGGAAGAAGGAGCGGGCACUGUGACUGGAGCACCGAGCAGCGGGACCGUGACAACUGAUGAGAUUAACUGGAAGGCUCUGCGGUGAUUUGAGAGCCGCCCUUGCUGUCUUGGCAGGCCAGCCUUGUCCCUCUCAGUGUGGACACUGAUGGUCCACCUUCUGCUCCGAGGUGCUUUGGUUUCUGCCCUAAACAGUUGUGUUUCUGACAGCCCCACAAAAACUCCUUGGGCUUUUUGCAUGUGUGUAUGCGUGUGUGUGUCCGUGUGCGUGUGUGUAUUUCUACAGGACAAUGGAGAGAACCUUGAAGUAUGUGUGUGUGUGUGUGUGUG